CAGUGGAAGAGAAAAAAAGGGGUGUUUUAAGGGGUAGCAGUAAGUUCCAUAAAUUGUGGUCCAGCUCUCCCUUAAGUGGGUUCUAACACGUACGGUGUUUCCCAAUUAGCUAAGUAUUUUGGAUCCCCUGUUUUUCGAAAGCCAAGUCACAGAACCCCUCCUUUUGUAAUUGAUAACCCCACGGUAGUUUUUGUUAUAUGAAUGGUGCCACGGACCCCCUGGGUGGGUUACACGGAUUCCCUGGGGUCUGCGGACUAGCAACUGGGAAGAACCACUGCCUAGCAGAAAUCUGGAAGUUUGUGUUCGACAUAAAUAAGUCUGUGCUUUUGUCAUUUGUGCAUGUCGAGGAUCAUAUUUCUUGCAGCUGGUGUUUACAAUCUCACCAGUGUUACAUAAUCCCUGAAGGCGUAUAGGGUUAGAAUCUCAGAAAUUAAGCAUUUUUCCCGCCAGUACAUGAUUGCAUAGAGUCAUCAUACAGCAAGACCUUGAGGGGUACUUCAGGAAUGGCUUGACCCUCUACAUAUUUUCUCCUUUCAGUAUCCUCUUGUCACAUUUUUAGUUGAUUUUUCACCAGAGGACAUGGAGCUUUCUGCCAGCGAACUCAGCAUUUAUGAUAAACUCUCGGAGACCAUUGACUUAGUGAGGCAGACUGGUUAUCAGUGUGGUAUGUCUGAAAAGGCCAUUGAGAAAUUCAUCAGGCAACUCUUGGAAAAAAAUGAGCCCCAAAGGGGACCCCCACGCUACCCUCUUUUGAUGGUACUCUAUAAGGGCCUGGUUAUGCUGGGGUUAGUUUUACUAACUGCGUACUUUAUGAUCCAGCCGCAUACGCUUUCGCCACCUGAAACGACGCUCUCCAGAACCCAUGCAUGGGGCUCCCUCAUUAGUCAUAUCCGACUGCUGCCUUUACCAAUUACCAAGAAGUAUAUGCUGGAGAAGUGUCAAGACUGGUGGGGCUUGGAUUGUAGACAGAAUGUGUCUCAGACUGCCAACUGCUCCUGCUCUGUGAAGAACCAUGUGGCUGCUGCUGACCUAGGGCAGCUAUCAGAAAAACUACUGCAAACUCAGCCUCUCUUCAUCAAGACAGGACAGUAUCGGUCUUAUGCUGAAAUGAAGCAUUUUCAGUCUCUGUACCCUGGAUUGACAGAUUUCAUCAUACUGGAGGAAUCAGCUGAGAGAUGGACCAGUCAUCCAGGGCAAGGAGUUCACAUUUUCUGGCAAAAUCCUCUGAAUAAAACUCGGAUUCUGCAGGAGAUUUUCCCCAUCUUCUCUUCACUGCUGCUUCCAAAGACUAUUUCUCUGAAAAGCUGUUUUCUCAUCCACAACUCAAGACUUCAGGAUAAGACAUACAGACUGCAGAGCACCUUUGUGGUUGGAAGUGGUCAGCUUACCUUGAAUGUUAUCCCUUCUCCGUUGUGCAGAGAACAUUGCAAAACAGUGAUAGUGGAGCUGGAAGCCGGGGAUAUUGGCUUUGCAAAUGUGGAUUAUUGGACAACAGGCUUUAACUCCAGGGGAUCAGAACCUACUGUUGUUUGUGAUGGAUCUGCCAGUUAAAAACUGUCGAGAGGUGCCUUUUGCUGAGUAAGAGCACUCGGGAUCCAAGGCGAAGGAAAUGGAACACAAAAGAUUUAAGGAUGGUUAGCCACCAUUUCCAAGGAUGUAUCUUUACCCCAUUGUGUGCACCUGCAGUGAAGGAAGGAAUACACUUUAGAAGGGCAUCUUCUCUUGAGCUUCAAUAUAACUUUGGCCUUUCCUUCAAACAUCUUGGUAGGAGUUGGAGGUGCCCCCCCUUCCUUGUGUGUAGAUUUCUCCUUGAAAGCAGAUGUGUUCUGGUGUGGGGUGAGGGUGGAAUUGCUCUUUUGACACACUGUACAAGUGUGCAAUGCACUCUACAAGUUUCUUUUUCCAACUCUUCCCUAGUGUUGAGAUACGCAUUCUUGCUGCUUUCUUGGCCUGGGUCAGUUUAGUGCCAGAUCCAAGAUUUUUUUCAAAAUGACUAAUAGUUGCAUCAAGCAGCCAAAUUUGCUAGAGGGUUUCUUCUUUUUUUUUUUAACAUUUCAGAACAUGCCAAGCACUACUCUUCUGAAAACUAGGUCUUUUUGAGCUGUAUAGGUUGGACUACUUUGGUCUCUCAUUUAAUCACUGCCUAGGAAAUUAAAACUUUUUGUGCGUAUUUUGCUUGAACACUGUCCAGCUCUUGUUUCAAAGAUGCUGAUGGGUGGAUGCUUUUGCGGGCAAGAUUGGAACAAACAGAUUCUUAAGGCUUGUGCCAUGAAUAAUCUUGCCCUCUUCUUUCCCCCUAUGUUUUGUUAGUGUUUUCUCAUGUCUUAAUCCAUGGUUUUGAAUACAUGUUGAUUAUUCUUGAGCUCCUUCCAAGCUUUGUGCGUUUCCUCUUGCUGCUCAUGGGCUCAUCUGUGCCUUUAGAGAGGAUCAGUUUCAAGCAUGUGCUGUCUACAUUUGUAGUAGUGCUUCCCAGGAGUGAAUCUUUUAGGUUCCUGCUGCGUUAAGACAAUUUGCAGAUGUGUGAGGUUGAAGUCGGAUCCCAGUAAUGAGGGCUGGGGCAUACAAUUUAGCAUGUUUUAUGUGCUAUUGGGGAUUAUUUUGUUUCAACCAAGUUAACAAUGCAACUUUCCACGUGAAAAGUAAAAAAAAAAAAGUUAAUUUGUAAAUAUAGGUCAAUUUUAAGGAAGAGAGUCAAGCAAUCUCUCUAUCUUUGCUAGAAGAUAAAGUGGGAUAUAUUAAUUUUAUGAUAAUAGCAAUUAAGGGCCCCUAACCGGGUCCCAUUCUACUUGAUUUUCUGCAAAUAUGCAGAUUGCAUCUUCCCCACCUUUUUUCUGUAUAUAUUCUAUUUUGGAAACAUGCAUAAACUGAUUUGCAGUCUUAAGUGGGAGAUGCAUAUGACAGUGAACUUAGCUGUAUGUGUGUUUAAAAGAUCAGUAUAUAAAUAAGAGGCAGCACUAUAGAGACUUGGGUUUUUGGAGGGUUGGCAUUUAAUCUGCCUCAUUCUUUAGUGUUUCACUUAACCAGAUGGUGAACCUUCCUCCCACCUCCCUUUUCUGCGUAGAGGAAAUUCUCACACUUUUUAUUAACCUACUUGAAGUCCAUAAAGAAAAACAACAACUCUACAUUAGAGCCCCAGAAUCAUUUUAAGCAGGUUUUUGAUAAUAGCAAGUUGAGUAGGAAAACCGUACUUUGUUUAAUUCUAAUGAAAAAGCAGAGGGAUUUAAUUGAGCAAUUACAGAACAACAUGUUCAUAUAAGUUGAAAAGGACCACAUUCACAUAAGUUAAUAGAAGUUUCGCGACAUCAUCGUUUUACUCUCCUGGCACCUCUGCUGCUGGGAUUUACACACUGAAGCUAGCAGGUAUCGAAAUUCUUAUGUACCAGCUUUUAACCAAGGGUUAUUGUAGAUUUACACAGAGUACAGUUUGCCCUGAACUGUGGUGUGUUGGCAUCCCCCCCCCCUUUCAAGUAAUUCAAAUAGCAACAAAUCCAAAGUAGAAUUUUACAUGAUGGAAGAUACAGAGAUUGAUCAACACUUACAUGAACAAAGCUUUGAUAGUGAAAUGCCUGUAUUUUAGGGAAUUGUGUUAGUGAUGCUAACUGCUUAAUAGUUGGCAGAGGGUGGGGAAGAAUCAGUGUUUCAGUCAACUCGGGGUCUCUAGAGAGGAAUAGUUUUAAAGGCCAGUUUAUACAUACAUGUGCUGCACAAGUGUUCCCAUAAAAAUGCUUUCUCUUUCCCAACCUCAAAUGCCAGUCAGGAAAGAGUCUCUUGGCCGAAGAUAAUGAAUUUGUCCUGCAUACGGACUGGCUUUCCACGUGCUCUUGGUCUUUGCAUAGGUUUCCAGAUCUUUGUCUAGGAGGUGCUAUGCACAUGUCCAAGCCUCAUUCCCUCUGGAGUUUACAUCAUUUGUUUUCAAACUUCCAGUACAUUUUCUCCUUCUCUUUCACAAGCUGCAAGGAAUUAAAACAAGUAAUUGCCCAACAAGAAUCAGAGCUCCAAGUUCUCUGAUUUUCAACUGAUUAAGAGCAUUCAAUUAGAUCAGAGUUUCUCUUGUCUGGUUUUUGGAGUGCAAGCUACCAUUCUGAAGCGUUUUUAAGCACCUGUUACCAUCCUUUUCGGCAAUGGCUAAAGAAGUUGUGUUGGCACCUUUUUGCAUUUAUGGUUGGAGAACAUGGAAAAGAAUUUUUGCCUAGAUCAGGUUCAUUGCGAACUAAAACUUAGCGCCUGUGACUAAUUAUCUAAUGAUGCAAAUAUUAAGCGUAAGAAACCUCUUCUGGAGACAAGUCAGCCUCAACAAAGUAAAACUCUCAAAGUCAUUGGUGUUUGUGAUGCACAAUCAGAAUGGAAUAGUUUCCAAAAGUCUGCAGGAAGCAUGUGCUGAGAACCCUUGGAAGUUGGACAAAUUCCAAACGCCGUUGCUAUUUGUGAUGAAAUGUUCUGGUGACACACUUUUUUAAAAGAGAAGCUCAGCAAGGAAUAAAUGCAAAUAUUGGCUCUCACUAUUUUUCACACCCUUUGAAUCCUAUAUAUUGCUUCUGUUGCAUGCCAUUAAUUCUUUCCUGAAGAAAAUGUUUUUGGUUCCUUCUGUGAUCUUAGCAGUGUACCUUGGCCUGCUUUGCUCUUUUCAUCUUCUGAAGAAGCAAACUGUCUCAUCUGCUGUGCUGCAAUAUUUACAGAGAUCAAUGACUGUCUGAAAUUACAGCACAUUCCUAAAUCCUGUGACUAAAAUCCUAAGGAGGGGCUCGUCAUGGCGCCAUGGGUUGGCAGGUUUAGUUGUUAACGUUGACAAGCCAAGAUAUGAAGAUCAUUUGCCAGCUUCUUAGUAAUAAAGAUUUUUCCUUAUGAGCAAAUCAGAUCGCCUUGGUGAACUGAAGUGACGUGACAUAGAAUCAUAGAAUUGUGGAGCUGGAAGGGACCCCAAGGGCCAUCUAGUCCAACCCUCUGCAAUGCAGCCGUCUCAACUAGAUAAUACAUGGCAGAUGUAUUAUCCAACCUCUGCUUAGAAACCUCCAAGGAAGUAAUGUUCACCACCUCUCGUGGGAGCCCUCUUCACUGUUGAGCAGCUCUUACUGUCAGAAAGUUCCUCCUCCUCUUUAGUCAGAAUCUCUCUCCUCUUAUGUCCAACAUGCCCCUCCUCUACAUGCCCAACUCUCUCAACCACUCUGCGUAAGGCAUGGUUUCCAGACCCUUGAUCAUCUUGGUCCCCCCUUCCCCCCGCACACAUUCCAUAAUGUCAGUAUCCUCCUUACGUUGUGCUCAGAACUGGACACAGUACUCCAGGUGUGGUCUGACCAAAGCAGAAUAGAGCGGGACUAUUACUUCCCUUGAUCGGGACACUCUGCUUCUGUUGAUGCAACCUAGAAUAGCAUUAGCUUUUUUGCUGCUGCAUCACACUGUUGACUCAUGUUGAGCUUGUGGUCUACGAAGAUCCCUAGAUCCUUUUCACAUGUACUACUGGCAAUCCAAGUGUCCCUCACCUCAUAUUUGUGCACCUGGUUCUUGUCCUGCAUAAGUGUAGAACCUUAUGCAGUCCCUAUUGAAAUUCAUUUUGUCAGUUUGGGCCCCAUUCCCCAAUCUGUUAAGGUGAUGUUGAAUCCCAGUUCUAUCUUCAGCGCCAUUGGCUACCCAUCCCAGGGUGGUGUCAUCUGCAAAUUUGAUGAGCAUCCCCUCAAUACCUUCAUCCAAGUAAUGGCAGGAAGAAGUGAAUGGGGUGGAGAGAAGCUUAUUGGUCAUAAGGCAUUCAAAUAAAGGCUUUCCCAGUUGCCUAGGAACACCUAUUUCCAUGGACAUCUAUUGUUUAAAUUGGUGUGAUUCCCUCCCACCCACCCCCCUCGGCAACCUUCAGACUUAGUUUCAAAAAGCCCUGUGCAAUUUUUCUGAAGCAAAGUAGAGCAUUCUUAGUCUUUUUCAACAAUGAUAGAGAGAGCAGAACCCUUCCUGAUGCAGAAUGGGAGAAAAUAUUUUGUGUGUGUGUGUGUGUCUGUGUGUGUGUGUUUUUAAGGUAUCUGGAGAGUUUUAGAUUUGAAAGGGAAGGGGCAAGCCCAUUUCAUUAAGACUUGUUAUGAAUUGGGCUUGCAGGAUCAGGCCUUCCUUGAACCACUGUUCUGCCAGAUGAUGAGCAUCCUUAGGAUUCAUUAGCUACACUGGCGUCUCUGGGCUCCCUGGGCCCACAAAGAACAAAUCACAAGUGUCAAGAAAUUCAGCUGCUUUGUAACCAGUGAAUGGCAGGCAUUAGCAUCUCAGAGUAUUGGGCUCUUUUUCUUUGUUUAUCUUAUGUAGGGAAAUGUAUAGUUUGAUGAAGCCUGAAAAUGAUGGCUUUUAAAAAGGAAACUAUGUAAUUUGCUCUUUCAUUGAAUGUGGGAAAUGCUGGGCUUUCCUGUUGUAUUUGAGACUUGAACAAAUGACUCUUUAUUUUUUAUUAAUGUUUUUUUGUCUGUUCAGGGAAUAUGGGUAAAAUGGCUCACUGUUAAACAUUAUAAUGGCUCAGGGGUAACAGGGAAAGUAACUGUAUGUACACAUACAGUUUUGGACAAGCGUAUACACCAAAUUAUGGAACUCUGUGUUUCUAAUAAAAGAAUGUAAAUAUGCAAUUUUAUGAACAAUUAUAGAUUAAUAUAUUGCAACCAUUUGUAAAUACUUGGGAAAUGCCUGUAAAUAAUGUAAAUAUGUCAGAUUUGUAUGUUUGUGGGUGGGGUCAAUUUCUACUUUUUGCAAUUAAAUACAGCUGUUGAUGCACUUUCCCCCAUAUGGCUCUUUUUGUUUAUUAAAGACACAGUGUCACUAAAAGCCA